AUGACCACAGAUGAGCCCACCCCGAGCGAGACGGUGCCUGCAUUCCAGGAGAUGCACCAGGACCAGAAGGAGCUUUUCGACACCAUAGAUGACCUUCGCUCUCUCGGAAUCGGCAAGAUUGUCGACCUUCCGCAAAUCAUCGUCGUCGGCAAUCAGUCCUCCGGGAAGAGCUCGGUGCUUUCCGCCUUAUCUGGUGUCCAAUUCCCUACUAGCUCAGCCGUUUGCACCAGGUUCCCAAUGGAGCUGGCUCUUCGCACUGGUCCAAAGACGAAUAUAGACGUGUCUAUUAUUCCGGAGGAGGGAGAAAGGGAAAUAUUGACGACUCGAUCUAGCACGGAGGAAAUCCCUGACGCAAUUGAGGAGGGUAAGAAAGCCCUCGGAAUCGACAAGAACACGCGGGAUAUGUUCCCCAACGUGCUCAAUAUUGAGAUCACAGCCCCAAAUGUGCCCAAUUUAACCUUGGUGGACCUUCCCGGCCUCUAUAACAACGAAAGUCAGUGGCAGUCGAAGGAAGGGAUUAAGGUUGCCUUUAAGCUGGCGGAGAAGUACAUGAGCCAAAAGAGAAGCAUCAUUCUUGCCGUCGUCUCAGCUGCUGGGAACGUCGUCAUGGACCAAGCCAUCAAGGUCGCCAAAAAAAAGACGGUUGAUCCCAAUUUAUCGCGAGUCCUUGGCAUCAUCACUCAGCUGGAUGUGAUUGAGCGCAACCAAGCGUCGACGCAGGAAUAUCUGCAGGUGGCUCAAGGGCGCGAUCCAACCCUCAGGCCAAAGUACGGCUGGCACGUACUCCGGAACUUAUCGGAGGAGGAAACGAGACUAGGCCUCACAGAUAAGGACAGAGAUGUCAAAGAGACAGAGUUCUUCGGCAGUGGUCCCUGGGAGAACUAUGCGUCAGAGAAUAAGGGAAUCAGAACCCUACACAAGAAGCUCAUCAAAUUAUCACGAGACCAUAUUUCUGAAUCGCUCCCCCGCGUGGUUUUCGACAUCGAAACUGCCCUUGCGAAGAGGACUGCUGCCAUUGAAUCGCUGGGAGCGUCGCGCAACGAGGUGUCAGAUAUCCGCGACUACUUGCAUGACAUCGUGCAAAAAUUCCGCGAGACAGCCCAGCAAGCGGUCCGGGGCAGCUACUUUACCCAAGAUUUCUUCCAACAUCUGACGACCAACCCUCUUGGUACCGGGAACUUGCAUGUCAGGAAACUGCGUGCGUUUGUUCGCGAGUUGAACCGGGCGUUCACCACAAUCAUGCUUUCAAAAGGACACAAAUUCGCUAUCCAAUGGUCUAACGGGUCCUCUAUGCCAAGCGGAUAUCUUAACCCUCUGCGACCCGACAUAGAUCCACUCAUCCGGCAAUACUACGUCCAUCUCAAAGACCCCGAGGGUAUUUCAGAGCCUGCGGUAAAGCAGCGUUGGGCGUCGAAAGUGGUCGGAAGUAAGGGGUACGAAUUUCCCGGAGAGACGAACCCCGUUGCCAUGUUGGACCUUUUCGCAGAGCAAUCAAGUCCGUGGCAAGGACUGGCGAAGAAUCAUCUUCAUCUGCUUGUUUAUGUCACAGAGAAAUUUGCCGAAGAGCUCCUUCAGCAUAUUCUGGCCGCAGACCCCAAAACCUAUGAAAGCAUCAGGGUCAACUACAUAAGCCCAUUUUUCAAGAAGAAGAAACGACUUGUGGAAGCGAAGCUCGAUGAAAUCCUUCCCUCCACUGCGGCGUACGAGAUCGCCUUGGAGGACAGGAUUGAAAGUGAGACUAGCAUCCGCUACCGACAACGGCUUAUAUCACAAAUCGAGACAUUGGAAAGCGCUCUUAAGGAAGAAUCCGAAGAGGUGCGCCGAUUUAUAGAGGCGGGUGAGCAUAAGAGGGAGGCGAUACUACGCAACCCGGAGUACGGCCGCGAAUACGUCACGCAUCUCAAGAAUGAGCUAGCUCAGCGUGGCGACCCUCUCGGCAAAGAAAGCAGUGACUUUGCACUUGAAAAGACAAUUGACAACAUGAUGGUGUACUACGAGCACCAUCUGACAAUCUUCAUCGAGAAUGUGAUAAUUCUCGCCGCAGAGAAGCAACUCAUCCACGACAUUCCAAAGAUCCUGGACUGGAAAUCGUUUGACCGGAUGGACGAGACCGCGCUAAGGGCUCUUGCUGGAGAGGCUCCCGAGAUCCAACAAGAAAGAGAGCAACUCAUCGUAGAGAAGGAGGAGCUCGAAAAGGGUCUCGAGUUGUGCAGGAAAUAUCUACGACGGAAUCAAAGCGCUCGUCACAUUACUCCAAAUGUGCAAGUAAAUGGCUUCGGUGUUAAUGGAGUAAACGGUCCUGUAGAAGAGGAGCUUUAG